CCAAUACCUUUCUUUUAACCAUACUUCUUGAACAAGCAUGUCUACUUAAAAGCAUUCCUAUCUACCUAGUCUACUCUGGUCCAUGAAUGACUAUCACUCCUCAAGAAGUUCAUAUUUCAUUCUACCAUUCUCAGUUAGAGCCCCCCGAAAUCCUUGAGCCUCUUUACACUUUCUUGCGGCUGAUAAGCCUACAAAUACGCAACUUUAUUCUUUAUCAUGGUUAAUAGGUUCCUCAGCAUAAAAUGCCUCAUCGUCAAGGCUAUGACCUAUCUAACCUCUGUAAGAAAAGUAGACAAUAUGGACGAGGACCCACAGAGCAAAAAGACUCUCCCCUCGAUACUACCCUAGUCAUCAACAAUACUCAGGGUAACGGCGAGAGCAACUAUGCAAUGGCUACUCAGUCGCAGAUACCUCAUAGCCAGCAUGAGCAGCAUGAGCAGCAGUCACGCUUAAGCCCCGGAUAUACAAGAAGCUCUGGUGAGUAUACACUCUAUAACGAACAUACUGGCCGCGGGUGGAAGCGCAUCAUCCAAGCAACAAACUCUACUCGUGCACUUGCUAUUACGAGUCCAAGUACAUCUAAUACGGCCAUAAAUACCAACGAUAACAAUAUCAGCUCUGAUCCUACCGACCUUUCGCCAUCCAAAGGGGGUCGCAUCCGCAAUAGAGGUAUUAGAAAGUUAAAGAAACGCGUAACAUCCAUAACACAACGCGCAAUUCAAGCUUCGCAAAACGCAAGGCGGUUCCUAACACCUCCCUUUUCGCACCGCUCUACCAACCCGCUGCCCAGUACGUUGAUGGUUAGCCCUGCUGAGACCGCAACCCUUAAACACACGACUUGUGGGCAACAACUGGAUCAGACUUUUAUUAACACUCAGCCACCUCUACUGCUUCCGCAGAUUAUUGUCACCUCGCCAUCAGGUGAAGAAAAGGGUGUGCAAUAGACCUAAAAUGGGUUUAAUACGGUAAAAGUAACAAGUGUGCUGAAUAUGGUAAGUGCUUCGAUAAACAAGA